AUGGAUCUGGAGUCCAACGCACCACCCCUGAAACCGCCACUGACGGAUCAAAAUGUGCAAGAUGCACAGGACCUCGCGGCCCUGGGCCACUCCCAGGCCUUGACGAGGAAAUUCGAUAUGUGGAGUAUGCUGGCGCUAGCAUUCUGUGUGCUCGGAACAUAUUCGACAUUCGCCCAGGAUCUCAGCAGCGGAUUGACGAAUGGCGGUGCCAUCACGAUUCUCUGGGGCCUGGUUCUGGUGACUGGGUGUAACCUCUGCGUUGCCCUUUCCCUGGGCGAGCUGACUAGCAGCAUGCCUACUGCCCUUGGUCAGGCCUACUGGGUCUACCGACUCUGGAAUACACCACUCGGGCGCUUCGUGUCAUACAUGUGUGCGUGGAUCAACACCUUCGGAUGGUGGACCUUGACUGCUUCACAGGUCGCCUUCAUGACGGAGUUCUUGUUGGGCAUGAAGACGAUGUUCAAUCCCGAGUGGGAGGGGGCCGGGAAAGGCUGGCUGAAUUUCGUCGUGUAUAUCGGUGUCGUCUUUGUACUCACUCUCAUCAACGUGGUCAGCUGUCGCAAGGAGAAGAUUCUACCCUGGCUCAACAACUUUGUGGGAGUGUGGUUCUUUGGCUUGUUCAUCGUGUUGUCGCUUGUGUUGCUUAUCUGCGUUGGGGUGAAAAGCGACCUUUCAUUCCAGCCUGCUUCGUUCGCUUUUGGUGCCUGGAAGAAUGAGACCGGCUGGAGUGACGGUGUGGUGUGGUUUACUGGAUUGGUUCAGGCGGCAUAUGGUUUGACUGCCUUCGAUUCAGUUAUCCAUAUGGUGGAGGAAAUUCCCGCACCCAGGAAGAAUGCACCUCGAGUGAUCUGGAUGGCCGUCCUCUUUGGUGCUGUCACCGGCUUCAUAUUCAUGGUCGUUUGUCUAUUCUGCAUCCAGGACGUUGACAAAGUCCUCAACGCUGACCUGCCAUUCAUGGAACUGAUGCUUGAGACGGUGGGCCUGAAAGGUGCCGCCGUAUUGAUCUCGCUCUUCAUUUUCAACGGCCUCGGCCAGGGGAUUAGCGUCUUGACCACAGCCUCCCGCCUAAGCUGGGGAUUCGCUAGAGACGGCGGUGUCCCAUUUGGCCAAUACUUCAGCCACGUCGACCCUGUAUGGCAGGUCCCCGCCCGCGCCCUCUGGGGCCAGGGCGUCAUCAUCGGGAUAGUUGGCAUUCUCUACCUAUUUGCCAACACCGUUCUCGAGGCCAUUCUAAGCGUCAGCACUAUCGCUCUUACUGUCUCCUACGCGAUGCCUAUCUUGGCUCUCCUCGUUACCGGGCGCGACAAGCUACCCCCUGGGCCAUUCCAGCUCGGUCGUAUCGGGCCUUGGUUGAACUGGGUCAGUAUCGUGUACUGCAUCAUCACGACCAUCUUCUUCCUCUUCCCUGGAACGCCAAAUCCCGCGCCGGCUGAUAUGAACUUUGCAAUCGCUGUGUUCGGUGUGAUGCUGGUCAUUGCCUUCGCGUUCUGGUUCAUCCAGGGCAAUCGCACAUAUCUUCAAACUGAAGAUUCGAUCGCUUCUAUGGUCUACGCUCACCAUUUGGAGAUGAACGAGGCUGGACUAGAGCAGCCUGCAGCAACUCCUGUCCCGGUCAAGGUCGAGGGUCAUUGA